AUGGCCUCAGCCAGCCCCAGCGCCCACAAGUCCAACGACCUGCCCCCCCUCACGCGUUACAUAACCGACCACAACGCCCAGGGCCAAGCCAUCUUCUCCAGCGCCCUGCCCGAGGCCCUGCCGGGCAAGACCAUCUACAACGGGGUCAAAUUCUCGCUGGGGUACGUGACGGACGAGCGGCCGGUCUCACUCGCCUCCAACAAAGACAUCACAAAAUACACCGGGUUCCUGGAGGAGCACCCGGGCAUCGUGCUGCCGGGCGGCACCGUCGUGCGCUACGUCGACUCGCCGCCCGGCAGCCUGAGCCCCAUGCACCGCACUGUUAGUUUGGAUUAUGGUGUUGUAAUUGAGGGCGAGGUCGAGCUCGUGCUCGAUAGUGGCGAGACAAGGCUGAUGCGGCGCGGGGAUUUGGCUGUGCAGCGCGGGACCAUGCAUGCGUGGCGGAACCCGAGUCAGACUGAAUGGGCCAGGAUGAUGUACGUGCUCCAGGAGAGCGUCCCCUUGGAAGUCGGAGGAAAGGUCCUUGAGGAGGACUACGGCGAUAUGGAGGGCCAGGAUGUGAAGAGUAGUGGGAAGUGA